CAAUCGAUAUUUUUGAAAAUCUUUUGAAUUUUUUCUGUUUUUUUUUUUGAAUUUUUUUUGAAAUAACAAUGUUAUUGAUUAAGAUUUUUCUAUUUUGUUUGGCAAUCAAAUUGCCUACAUUAAUCUUUAUUCUUUUAUCCAUGACAAAAUCAUCGAUGAUGACUACCGAAACCGAUUACAACAAUGGUAAACAACAAACAACAUUGGCCAAUAAUCAAGUGAUCAAAUUGAUUAUUAAAUCAUAUGUUCAUGAAAUUCUGGAAAAUCAAUUAAUACCGAUGGAUGAGCUAAAAGAACGUUUAGCAAUGAUAAAUGAUCAUAUUGAAAAUCAUCCGGCAUUACAUCAGCAAUAUUUAUGGGUUGGUUCAACACCACCACCAUCCAAUUAUAAUCCUGAUCAUCAUAUUUUGGAAUAUGAAUCAAUUAUGCCAUUUGAUAAUGAAACAACAACGAUUUUUGCUGAUGAUAAUGAUAAUAAUGAUCGUCAUAAUCAUUCGAAUAGCCUUAAUCAUAAACAUAAUCAUCAUACAUUUCGAUCAUCAUCAACAACAACAACACAACCAAAAAUGAUAAUGAAAAUAAAAAGAAAGAAAAAUUCAGAAAAACGUGAACAAUUACCAUCGGAAGAGAUUUGUGAAACAAAAGAAAAAUGGGAACAGAUAAUCGAUACACAUGAUCUAUUCGAUAAUAAAGUGAAAGUAAUACAGGAAAAAGAUAUGCAACAAUUUGUUUUUACAUAUCGUUGUGCAAAAAAUCAUGGUAAAUGUUUAGGUAUAUCACCAUUAUUUGAAUCCGAAUGUACUGAACGUUAUGGUUGGAUGUAUAUGUAUUAUAAACCGAUUAAUAAUGAUGAUAAUAAUGGUGGCGAUAAUGGUAGUAACAGCGACAAUGGUAAUGAACGACAAGCACAAUGGGGUUUUGUUAAUGCACCACAUCAUUGUGCUUGUAAACUUAAACCAAAAUUAUUUAAUAAUAAUAAUCAUCAUAAUCAUAAUCAUAAUCAUCAUUCACCGGCAAAUUCAAUGAUAAUGAUGAAUAGUAAUGAAGAACCAAUCAUACCGAAUGAAGUUUAACAUCUUUUUUGUUUCAAACAACUUCUACCAUCAUCAAAUCAUCAAAUUAUCAUCGAAUCA